GCUAGGGAUGCUCUUAGGCUUUACACUGGAUACAGCAGCGCACGCGCGCCGGCGACGCACACGCCUCCUCUGAACGCACCCCUCCUGCUCAGGCUGCCGCACGUUGCACACACAUGUCCUGGAUUGCGCCGCCUCCCUCUCCCUCGCCUCUGCAUCUCGCCGCCGCAGGCGUUUCAUCUCGCCGCCCGGCCCUAAACCUCUAAACCCUACCACCGCGUGCCCUACAGCUGCCCCCGUCGCCGCCACUGCCAUUCCGGUUCUUCUUCGUCGGGACUCCUCGUUCCUGCCGUGUCCACCCCGCCCGCAACCGUUGGCCGUUGGGACUUGAGGAUGUCCAACUCCAACGUCACAGUGUGUGUGCGAUUCAGGCCGCUGAGCCACAAAGAGAGGAAGGCCAAUGACAAGGUCUGCUUCAAGAAAUUGGACUCCGAGUCCUUUGUUUUCAAGGAUGAGCGGGACGAAGAUGUCAUAUUCAGCUUUGACAAGGUGUUCUAUGAUGACGCGGAACAGUCUGAUGUGUACAAUUUCCUUGCAGUGCCCAUUGUUGCAGAUGCUGUCAAUGGAAUAAAUGGGACCAUAAUUUCUUAUGGUCAGACUGGAGCUGGAAAAACAUAUAGCAUGGAGGGGCCAAGCAUCUUGCACUGCAAUGAGCUGAAAACUGGACUGGUUCAGCGUGUUGUAAAUGAUCUUUUUGAAUGUUUAAGAACAUCAGCAGAUAUUACUACAUGGACUGUGAAAUUAUCAAUGGUGGAGAUAUAUUUGGAAAAAGUAAGGGACCUUCUUGACUUGUCCAAGGACAACCUACAAAUCAAGGAGAGUAAAAGCCAAGGGAUUUUUAUUUAUGGAGCAACAGAGAUAUCGAUUAUGAAUAGUUCAGAUGCCUUGGAGCGCCUUUCUGAAGGAAUUGCCAACAGAGCUGUUGGAGAAACACAAAUGAACCUGGCCAGCAGUAGAAGUCACUGCGUAUACAUUUUGUCCGUGCAGCAUGGAUCCACUGCAGAUGAUAAGGUAAGGGCCGGGAAGAUUGUUCUUGUUGACCUGGCUGGUUCAGAGAAAAAUCCUUCAAUUUCAAUGACCUGGAUGGCCACACUUGAAGCACGGCCGUCCUCGGGCGGGAAGGAGGAACUUUGA